AUGGCGACCACCAACGAGAAGAAGAUCCACACGGAGGAGAUCGAGAUCCGUUCCCAAGCCCUGAUGCAGUUACUGUCUGACACCAGUAUAUACUGGAAAGAUGAUUUAGAAGACGUUGAUCGCACCUUCACCAUUGACGCGCCUUUCUACAACUUUGUCUGGUCGUGGGAAGCGUGCUGUCAAGCCGGGAUACCGAGAGACAGUGAUUCCGAGUCUACCAAGGAGGCUCGAAAAGACUUAUCGGACCUGCUAGGGCUUGUUCAAACUUCCAACACGCGUGAGUCUUACUUCAAAGCCAGAGACAACAUCCUAAAGACGAAGAAGAUCAAGUUCGAGUACCUUUGGACCAUCUUUGGCCAUGGGCAACAAGUUUAUGCAAAUUCAUUCUUAGAGGAGAUGCAAAUGCUGGAGGUCCAUGAUUUCUGGGAACAGGGCGAAGCUCUUGAAGUGCUCUGUCGUGGAGUCGAUUGGGAUGGAGCCAAACUCGCGACAUACCAUUACUACUUUUCAAUCAAGGAGUAUCAAGGCGAGAGGCCCAUCAACAGCCUUGAUGUUGUCCCGGUAGACCUUUUCAACGUAGCGAACACGGCUCCCGAUAACUCCGACCUGAGGACUAAGCUCAUCGAACGAGGCCGCAGAUUCUGUGAGCUAUGCAGCCAGGACUCCGGUGCGUUACAAUGCGAGUAUGUUGGUGAUGCUUUGACUGAUGCGACGUCUUUACAUCGGCUCAACCCUGUACGGAUGAAAGAGGCUCGCCACAAAGAGGCAUCAUCAGGCGCCGAUUCCCGCUUUUAUGAUAUGGUGCCAUAUAACAUCCCCAGGAAAGACCGAGGCGUCAUCAUCGACAACUGGACGUUUCUGAACUCCGCUAGGAACCCGCGGUGGUUCCCGUCUCCUCCACUCGGAGUCAGACCUGGAGGGGUCUUUUUGACUUGCCAGUGCCUAGUAUGCAAGUUGUCACCUAUACAAAAGGUCGCUAAUGCGAGCGCUAAGGCUUUUGCCAAUGAUGAGGAGAUGUUGGUACUCUUACCGCCGAAACUGCUAGGCUUCGUCCUCAAAAGCAAGAUCUGGGCACAAUUCGCCGUUGAUAAGAUGCAGCGCACAUACUUAAGGGGUAGCUUGGAGCUAACCAAGGCGUUCGACGAGGAGUUGCAGCUCAAUGAAGACGACAAGGAUUUGCUCUUGGCCCUGGUCAACGGCCAUCAAGCGUUGCUACCUCAAUUCGAAGGAUCUGGACCGGGAAUUCCUGGUCAUAACAACCAAGGUACCGACGUGAUUGAAGGGGAGGGCCAAGGUUUGGCCAUUAUGCUCCAUGGACCCCCCGGCGUUGGCAAGACCUUGACAGCCGAGACGAUUGCAAAGAGGACCAAUAGACCUCUCCUAUCAGUGUCCGUAGCAGAAAUCGGCGUGCAGCCUCAUGAAGCCGAACACAAGCUGACUGAUAUCUUUGCUGAUGCUGCACGAUGGCAGGCCGUGCUGCUGAUGGACGAAGCCGACGUAUUUGUUGAAGAACGACAGAAGGGAGAGCUCGAUCGCAACGCGCUAGUCUCAGAAUUGUUGCGAUGCUUGGAAUAUUACGAGGGCAUCAUCAUCCUGACCACCAAUCGUAUCCGGACGAUCGACAUUGCUUUGCAGUCCCGGAUUCACCUCGCCAUCCAGUACAAGGGCCUCAGCGCAGACUCAAGCUUGCAGAUCUAUAAGGACAAUCUGGCGAGAAUCCCGCCAAAUGAGAUUGAGCAUGGCUAG